UUCUUCUUCUUCUCCAUCGUCCACGGCAAUCCAGAUAACUCCACCAAUCAACAACGAUGAUAGUGAAAUGGCAGUUAAGGGUACGGCAGUGCCAACUCCUACCACGGACAAGGUCAUGUGGAGUGUCGCGAACCUUGCGCAGCUCCUGCCGACGGGCACGGUGCUGACAUACCAGGCGUUGUCCCCGUCCUUCACCAACCACGGCAAGUGCGAGACCUCCAACCAGUGGCUCACCAUGGUGCUGGUUGCCGCCCUCUCCUCCGCGUGCCUCUUCUUCUCCUUCAGCGACAGCAUAGUCGGUCACCGUGACGGAAAGCUAUAUUACGGCUUCGCCACACCGCGCGGCUUCAAAGUGUUCAACUUCUCCAACGAGGAGGAGAGGCAGGAGUGGAACGAUAUUGACCAGUUUCAGAGGCUCCGCCUCCGGCCACUGGACUUCGUGCAUGCCUUCUUCACGGCCGUGGUUUUCCUCACAGUGGCGUUCAGCGACGUGGGACUUCAGAACUGCUUCUUCCCGGACGCCGGCAGGAACAGCCAAGAGCUGCUCAAGAACUUGCCGCUGGGAAUGGCGUUUCUGUCCAGCUUUGUGUUCAUCAUCUUCCCCACUAAAAGGAAGGGCAUCGGAUUCAACCACACCACUCCUCCCCAGAAGGUUGUCCAUCCCAUGAAUAAAGUUUGAUUCCCUGAAUUUGAAGAACAAAGGACUAGCAAAAGCAUAGAUAGUUGACACGCAUGUUGAUUAAGUGUUUCAUAAAUUUUGUGCUAGCAUGUAAAUAUGAUGGGGUGGUUGUUGUUACCGUUUCCUUUUUGUUCUGGUGGAUUUAGUAGUUAUACUGCUAUCAGUAUUUCGCAUGUAGUGUGUGUGUGUGCGCGCACG